AUGAGGAGCGGUAGGACACCUCAUGAUCCAGCCCCUAAAGUAAAGACCCCACCUAUUGUUGUUCCAGAUGCAAGAACUAAUGAUGAUGUUUCUGAAGAAAAGAAGGAUGAGCCAGUCAAUUCAGACAAGCCCACAAUUGGCGGUCGAACUUACACACCACCAGUGUCGUUUCCUUCUAGAUUGGCACAGGCAAAGCUUGAGCAUAAAUAUAGAAAAUUUCUUCAAGUUUUGAGCAAGCUACAAAUCAACAUCCCCAUCUUAGAAGCCAUUAAGGAAAUGCCCUUUUAUGCUAAAUUCCUGAAAGACAUCAUUUCCAUCAAACGCAAGCUAGAGGAGAGUGUGGUGGAAACUUUGAAUGGGAAAUGUAGCGCUAUUUUGGGGUGCAAGGUUCCUAAGAAACAAGCUGAUCCUGGUAGUUUUACUAUCCCACUGAAGUUGGGGAAAGAUGUGUCUGCCGUAGCCCUUGCUGAUUUAGGGGCUAGUGUGAGUGUGAUGCCUCUGACAUUAUGCAAAAAGAUCAAUUGCAAGAUGAAAGCCACUCGGAUGUCCAUACAAUUAGCCGAUCGAUCUGUGAGAUACCCAGUUGCUAUUCUUGAGGAUUUCCCCGUCCAAGUUGGUAAUUAUUUCGUACCCUGCGAUUUUGUCAUCAUGGAUAUGGAAGAGGAUGCCCGCAUCCCGUUGAUUUUGGGUCGUGAUUUUUAA